UACAGUAGGUGGGAAACUGCUUCUGAGGAACAGCAGCCACAGGAGUUUCCGGCGCCGUCUGAAUCUCCUCCCCCCUUCCUCGGCGCGGCCUCAAUUUCCUUGUUGUGGGAGCCGGAGAUCACGUGGCAUUAUAAGAAGGGAGAAGUAGCUUACAAUCCACCUGAGAAGUAAGAGAGAGAGGAAAAGAAACUUCCACAUUUGGCUGCUGUGGUGUAGGAUGGAGAGCACUGAGGACCCAGAAAACAGACUCCUCCUGCAGCCCUGGACUUCAGUCUGCUUUGAUGAGUCCACAAAACUGAUGACUAAGGUUUGGUUUGGAGAUGCUGGCUAUGCCUUGCUCCUUUCUGACCUCAGCAGUAUGUGGUACGAAAAGGUAGAUACUGAGGUGAUACAACAGAGAUCAAAGGAGCUAAAUAAGCGUUUGACAGCUCAUGUAUCCUCCUUCCUGAGUCGCCUGCGCAGUCUGAUAUGUCCCCUAUUGGAAGGAAAAAAGAACAGUUCUACCAUCUUCUCCUGCCAGCUCAGCUCCAGCACACUGACUCUUCAUGUGAAGAGUGAGCUCUCAGGGCUACCAUUCUACUGGGAUUUCCGUUGUUCAGCAGCACCUGUUAAGAUGAUGUUCUGCCACCUUGUGCAGCCCCUGAUGGCGAUGAGCUUGGUGUUGCAGAGUCAAGUGCGGGAGCUGGCAUCCUUGUUGCUCCGAAAGGAUGCCGAGAUCGAAGACUACCGGGAGAGUGGGGCUACUCUCAGUCGAGAACGUUUAAAGACAGAACCUUUCAAUGAAGAAUCUUUCCUACAGACAUUUGAGACUAAGAUUUUGCCCCAAGCUUGCUGCCUGGGAGAUGGGCACCAAUUCACUUCUAACCUGAAAGAGCUCUAUGUGUCAGUGUCCCAAAAGCAGGCUAAGGCAGCUUGCAAACGGCACUGGGAAGGAGACUGUGAGAAUCCUGAACAUGCCAGCUUCCAGGACCUUGCCCAGGGGGCUGCAGAUUUGCCAACUGAGGAAGAGAAGACUGAAUCGCAGUCAGCAGCUGCCCAGUGUACACAAGAAACAGUGGUACCUUCCUCCCAGACCCAGAAGGUUCAUUUGCCCAUUGCCAAGAGCAAAAGGAAGAAGGCAAAAGGUCUAUUUGGCUGAUGCAAAUGACUCUUGCACAAAGACAGAACUGCUGUUGUUGUAUUGAACCUCUCCCUCUUCCUGGAACAACUGGAAGAGAGAUGGACUUUUCUCCUCCAGAGUACAGCUAUGCCACUCUGUUCCUUCCCUCCCCCCUCUUUCUUACCAUGUUUAAACAUAAUAGUUGGGCAGUAUCCCCUUCCACACUACAGCUGUGUAUUGCCCUACCUCUGCUUAUGUUUUUUCCUCUUUUCUGUAGCACAGAUACUAGCCUUGAUACUUGGAGAUGAUGCAUUCAAAGUAAAAAGCAGGGAAAAGAAAGCGGGCAGAGCAUGAACAGUGAUAGGAAUCCAAGACUGAUAGUUAUCUGGACUCCUACUACACCUAUUCUGUCCAUAAAAUCUAUACCCCACUUUGUUAAUGUGUGUGUAAUGAAGACCUUGGCUAAAAGAG